AUGGUCCACGAACACCGCAGCCAUCAUUGGUUGCUCAGAGUAGUUGAGCCUCCAACAGUCAGAGUGUGCUCCUUUUUCACUCGACUGAGCACCUUACACAGGACGAUACGAUCUAAUUACGACUUUACCAUUCACUACAUCAAUUCUAGCCUAUUUCUCAUGAUGCUUGGCAGAGGCCUAUUGGGGAGCACUGUAAUUCUGGUGACGAUUCACAGUGCAAGUUGCUGCCCAGAGCCUCCCUGCAAUGGCAUCAAUGGCACUAUGAUACAGGUCUCUGACAUCGACAUGCAACUGCUGCUGCAUGCGAUGAUACUGUCCCAGGAUCCAGUCCGAGGAAAUUUCUUUGUGGCGGUGGUCCUCUUCACUCUGAUGGUGGCUUGCGCAAUGUAUGCUGCAAUUAUGCAGCGCUGGGAGGAGCGAGGCACCAAAAGCCAGAUUCCAUCGCAAUCAAUGCUGAAAGGGAUAGAUGAAAUGCAUUUCACCCCAGAUCUGGUCGUUCCCGAGGGUUGCGAGUGUGUUCUGCUCGUUUGCUCCAAGCCCAAGCGUGGGAUGACCUACGAUGUCAUUGACUCCGGCGGAGGCAUUGUGCUGGGGAUGGAGGACUCGUUCGAGGCAACUCCAGUACCACGACGGAAACUGCUGACCCCCAACAAGGUCUUGCUGGGUCAGUGUGUUCGUACCCAACAAUCAUUCCCAUCGCAGACAUCCACUGAAAUUACGUUUGAGAUCUUGAACGCCGAUCAUGCGGUGUUCGCAAAGCUUACAUAUGAACCGCGACAAGGAAGAGAUGACAAGGUCUUCAUUGAAACAAUCAGCCAGAAGUUUCUCUUUUUCGGAUCUAUCCAGCACCAGACCUUGAAUCUCACUGACUUCUGUGGCAAACUACUUGCUACAACGGAGCCGGUCACACAGCAGGGCCCGCGUGGUGAACCACCUGGAAGCCUACUGCGUCUCAGGGUUGCACCUUUGGCUGAUGUUGGACUAGUUCUGUGCAGCUUGAUGUGUAUUCAACACAUUUCACCAGGAUGGUGA